UGUCCUCAGUUUUUAGAAAUUGUCUCUUUUAUUAUUAUUAAUAAGUAUUCAGUAGUGUUUUCUUAACAAUGGGACGAGAAAUGAGAUCAUCAUCGACAGAAGAAUAUGAGCAUAUAGCUGCAUACACAUCUCCUCCCAACAGAGGUCGGAUGAGAAGCAGAAGUCCGAUUCAUCAUCGUGCAUCGUCGUCUACUCAUAGUAGUCACGUUUCAAGUUCUUCUAGAUCGAAAAGAAGUCCGCGCCGAGAGGACCGAUUCCGCAGAACGAAUUCGCGUUCUAGGCAGAGAUCUCAUUCUUCCGAAGGACAUAAAUCAAGACUCGAAGAAAGUGUAAAAUUGACAAAACCAGCUUAUGGAGGCCCGAAAGAACCUCUUGUUUUGGAUUCUAAUAUACAAAUAUCGGUGAAUUCCAAACCUAGCUGUUCUCCAGUUCGUCAAACUAGUGCCACUCGUAUAGUGACUGUUCAUCCUCGAGGAGAUAGAAAAUCUCGUAAUUCCAGUUCUAGCGAUCAUGAUCGAUACGAACGGAUAGAUGCAAAAGCUCAACACAAUUCUGAUAGAAGUGCAUCACGUCGGAAUUUAACUGGACGUGAAGGAAACCACAGAAACUCUUCGAGACGGGAACGUGAACGUCGAAGCCCCCCAUGGAACCGCAGACGAAAUUCGCCAAACAGAGCACGUCGCGACAAUCAUAACCGCUCGCAAGAGACUCGAAAUCGAGGAAACGAAACUCGCAGAAAUUCAAAAGACAGAUUGAGAGACCGAAGAAGAAAUUCGUCCAGAGAUUGUAGACGUGAGAGAUCUCGCAUUGAUGAAGGCAGCAGCCAAUUUUCUCGCAGAAAUGGGUAUGACAAUAGAUUAGCUAGAGAAAGAAAUACCUCAAGAUCGGAUAGAAGACGAUACAGUCGAGACAGCAGACAGGAAAGCGAAGACUAUUCGCAUUCAUCGCGUCAAGACUCAUACGAAGAGUCAGAAAGAUCACAACACGAAGAAGAGCUCGACGAAGAUUCUGAAAAUCUAAAUGAAAAUCAGGAAAAUAAUGAAGCACUUACGCCAAAUGGAGCUCCGGUUGCUUAUAUCGUUAGACCUCCAAUUCCGCCGAUAUGGCCGCACCCAAUGUAUCCAUAUCGACCUCAUCCGCCAAUUUUUCCACCAAGACCACCCGUAGGAAUAAUAGCGCCUCGGAUAGGUUUCAUACCUCGACCACCAAGACUUAUCCCGUAUCCUCGGCCGCCUCCUCCUGGAUUAUUUUUUGCUAGACCUCCAAUGCCUUUGCCACCACCACCAACGUAUUGAAAAUGUUUUCAAUACGCAUGAAAGCAUGGCAGCCGAUCUCUAAAUUUCUUUUGUAUAUAAAUAAUUUCCUCAGUGUGUCAGUUUAGAUUUAUUUAAUAUGUACAUAGGGUAUAUUUUUUCAACUUGCUUACC